UCAAUCGCCGAAGCCGAACCUAAUAAAAUAAUCUCUCUCUCUCUCUCUCUCUCUCUCUCUCUCUCUCUCUCAUUUACUGUUUCGCUCUCUCAACUCGCAAUAAUGUCUGAGAACACAGGGGAAAAUAACGCAGCGGUAGUUGUGGAACAAGAACAAGAGCCGAAGACUUCAACAAUGGCCGACACCGAGGAGACGCAACCGCAGCGGACUGUGGCUGAGAAGACGAACAACCUGUCCUUUAGCAUUUGGCCGCCGUCGCAGCGCACUCGCGACGCGGUGAUCAAGCGCCUCGUCGAGACGCUCUCGUCGCAGUCAGUUCUCUCCAAGCGCUACGGCAUAAUCCCCUCCAACGAGUCUGAUGACGUUGCUCGCCGCAUAGAGGCCGAGGCCUUCACCGCCGCCGAUGCCUCCGCUUCGGCCGACGAUGACGGCAUCGAGAUCCUCCAGGUCUACUCCAAGGACAUCAGCAAGCGCAUGCUCGAAGCCGUCAAGUCCAGAUCUGCCUCCGGUUCCGAAAAGGACGGCCAAAAUCCCUCCGACUCCCCUGCUGUCACCGUCACUGACGAGGAGAUCUCAACUGGCCAAUCCGAGUCUUGAUCUCCUCGACUCCGCUAUGUUUCCAUCUCAUCCGGUAUAAUAGGGCUUCGAACAUUUGUUCUGCUAGCUUGGUGAAUUGUGAUCUCUUUGUACUGUUGGCUUAUAGUUGAUUGCUGUUCUGUAGUGAUUAUAUUACCUUAUUAAUAUCUAGGGUUUUUGUGGUUCUUGUCCUCGUGAUGAUGUGCUUUAAUUCUUGAAGCGUAAAUCUUAAUUUUUCGUGUUAUAUGAUAA